UUCAGAAGUCUUGAUGGUAUUGUGGGCGCGUCAUGAUGCGGUGCCCUCCGGGAAAAAUAUUGCCCCUUACAUACAGUACUGCUACCUAAUAUCGGUAACAGUGGCACAGUGGUUACGGGGAAUGUAAAAAUGACAAUGGUCAUAUCAAGAGAUGAAGUUGGUUUUCAUACAACCAGCCGUCGGGUGUCUCCAAUCCAGCGUGGAGCAAAUCGAACGCUCACGGAAGUGUAGCCCACCAUUUCAGGAAGACCGAGUCAGCCAAGUUUUGUGUUCCCCGAACACACUCGCCGCAUUGGGAUUUAAAUUAUUUCCACGCAAAUCUGUUUCUUCCAUUUGACAUACUUAAACUUUUUUUUUUUUUUUUUUUUUUUUGUGGGAUACAAGGAUGCCACCUAAGAGGCGGAGUGCCGGGACGACCCAUAACAAAGAGGCGAAAACCAGCUCGUCUCCGGACCUUAAAACGAGUCCCGAGUUGUCGCUUAAAAAGCACAGGGACAAGGAUGCCGACUUUGUUGCUCUGUGCAAGAGCCUUCAUGUGUCUGAUCUGGUUUGUGAGCGGACCUGGAAGAUGUACAAAAGUCUUCAAGAGUCCCUUAAUGAAUUUGCUGAAGAUGAAAAAAGGUUGUGGGGUGCGUCUCUGUUCGCGGUUGUGACCGACAUGGACGCCGUCUCCUUCACCGUAACUCGGGUCCUGAAAGCAAUCUCAAUGAAUGUGAAGCAGUUUGUGGCUUUGGUUCGCAAAUUGGACAUCAACUUGGACACAAUAAGCGUGAAGGUGAAUUCAGCAUUGACACGCUUGGAGAACAAAUACGACGUGACUCUGGCUCUUUACCAGAGGUUUGAGAAGACGUGCAAAAGAAUCUUUGCCGUGUUCCCGGAGCCAAAGGAGAGCGAGAUCUUACGGACCUGUUGGACGAUGUUUCUUUUGGCCAAAGGACGGACCUUGCAGAUGGAAGAUGACCUGGUCAUAUCGUUUCAGUUGCUGCUGUGCACGCUCGAGUUAUUCAUCAAGCGAUGCCCUCCCGACCUACUGCAGCCUCUUUACCAAUCAGCCAUCAGCAAAGUUCAGAGCCCCGUGACACGAACGUCUCGGCGCAACCAGAAAAACGCCAAAGCGAGACUUGUGGAGCCAGAGGUGGACGUGCUGCUUCUGGAAACCUUGUGCAAGGAGAAUAAUUGCAAUAUAGAUGAGGUCAAGAAUGUGUAUCAGACUAGUUUCUCCGCCUUCCUGGUGUCUCUGGAUCUUCCCAAAUCUCCUGGUCUUCCUCAGGCCGCUAGCGUCAACCAGCAGUACGAAGAGCACUACCUCAAGAGUAGAGACAUUGAUGCACGGCUGUUUUUGGACAGUGAUGAGACGCUUCUGGUGCCUAAAGUGGAAGUGGUACAAGUGGAGAGAACACCAAAGAAGAACAUGCUGGAAGAAGAUUCCAUGCCCAUCCCUCAGACUCCGAUUAGAGCUGCGAUGACCUCCAUUCAGCAGUUGAGGGGAGACCUCACCUCUCGUGGCGACCGGCCGUCUACCAACUUAGCGACCUAUUUCAAGAACUGCACCGUGGACCCCACUCAGAACGUGCUGAAGCGCUUGGAGACAAUGGGACCAAAAUUCAGCCAGCGGUUUGCUGAGGCCGUUGGACCGCGCUGCAUCACUCUUGGAAAGCAGAGGUUUACCCUUGGUGUCAAACUCUACUACAAAGUCAUGGAGGCAAUGCUAAAAUCGGAAGAGAAACGACUGUCUGUGCAAAAUUUCAGUAAACUCCUCAACGACUCCACAUUCCACACAUCGCUCUUGGCCUGUGCUCUGGAGGUUGUCAUGGCAACAUACGGAGAGAGCAGUUUUAAGACUGGGGGAUACAAUCACGGACGUAGUGGUGGCGACCCAGGCGAAGCGGACCUGUGCUUUCCGUGGAUACUGGACGUGUUGAACCUCAGCGCCUUCGACUUCUACAAAGUCAUCGAGAGUUUUAUCAAAGCAGACGCAACUCUUAGCAAAGACAUCGUCAAACAUCUGGAGACCUGCGAGAACCUCAUCAUGGAACGAAUUGCAUGGAAGACGGAUUCACCUCUUUUCGAGCUCUUGAAGCAGGAGCAAGAGGGUGGCUCGGUGGAACAAGCGGAGACGCCCGUGAGUUUCGGCCAACCGUUAAAGCACGAGCACACCGCCGCCGACUUGUAUCUGUCCCCUGUCCGCCCGUGCCUUCGCAUCCUGCCGCCAGACUCCCCCGCCACGCCCGGCUCCCAGGCUGCCCCUCCCCCGCCGAGCCAGCCCGCCCCCCAGGCAGUGGGCCAGAACCCUCGGCACCCCAAGUCCAACUCACUUAGCCUCUUCUAUAAGAAAUUGUACCGCCUGGCCUACACCAGACUGAAGAUGCUCUGCUCGUAUCUCCUGUCCUCCCAUCCGGAGCUGGAGCCCAUCAUCUGGACGCUCUUCCAGCACACUCUGCAGCACAAGUACGAGCUGAUGAGAGAUCGUCACCUCGACCAGCUGAUGAUGUCGGCCAUGUACGCCAUAUACAAAGUGAAGAGUGUUGAUCUGCGCUUCAAGACCAUUGUGUCGUCGUACAAGGACAUGCCCAACACCAGCCAGGAGACUUUCAAGCAUGUGUUGAUCACGGAGGGCAACUACGACUCCAUCAUCAUCUUCUACAACGAGGUUUUCAUGCAGAGGCUGAAAACCAACAUCCUGCAGUAUGCGUCAACAAGACCUCCCACCCUCUCUCCGAUCCCACAAAUCCCGCGCAGCCCUUAUAAAUUUCCCAGUUCACCUCUGCGUGUGCCCGGAAGCAACAACGUGUACAUCUCGCCUAUGAAGAGCUCGCGUUCCCCCGGCAUCAUGACUCCUCGCAGCAGAAUGCUGGUUUCCAUUGGUGAAUCAUUUGGGACGCCCAAUCGCUUCCAAAAGAUCAACCAGAUGGUCAACAGCAGCGAUCGCUCCUUGAAGAGAAUUUCGGAUCACGGCGCCACUCCCAAGCCUCUGAAGAGGUUACGAUUUGAUGUGGAAGGGCAAGAUGAACCCGACGGAAGCAAAUCUGAUGGCGAUUCAACACUGAUCCAGAGGCUUAAUGAUUUGACGUCCGCCCGCAGCCGGAUGCAGGAGCAGAAGAUGAAGGAGGAUGCGGAGUCCCGCAAGGAGCUGCACUAAAACCGACUGAGCUGUCCAAGCGCUGUCGAGCACCAUGGAAACGCUCGUUUUAUGUGAAACCAGACUUUAAGUACAUUUAGUGAGUGUUUUUUAGUUUGUAUUUAAUGUUUCUCUAAGGAAUAAUAUGUGCAUAUUAUUAGGUUGGGGGGUACGGGGUUAACCAAAUGGCGAUGAUCUUUUCUUUCGUUUGUUUUUUUGUUUUUGUUAGUUUGUUUGGUGUGAGCGUCGGUGCGUUUGCUUUUAUUUGCGUUUGACUCACUGUAAGCAUUAGAGAGUGACACAAAACUGACUUGUCUUUCUACCAACGUGUAAUUUUCAAAUGUUUCCGUCAUGAUGCAGCAAUGGUUAAAUCAGUAUACAGUGGAUAUAAAAGAGUUUGCACACCCCUGUUAGAAUGCCAGGUUUUGGAAAUACAGUAAAAUUACACCAAGAAAAUUCAUUUUUCAACUUUUUGCACAAACGUGUAUAACUAAAACCUGUACAACUCAAUUGAUUUUUCAAUCUUUUACAGAGGGGAAGUACAAAAAUAAACUGAGAUAAUGUGAUUGCACAAGUGUGCACACCUUCAGAACUGGGGAUGUGGCUGUUUUGAUAAUUAAUUGAUAAUCAGAUUCAAACUUAAGUGAAAUUGAAAGUCACUAUUUACAGUAUGUUUGAUUAACUGAAAUAAAGUUCAGAUGUUUAAGUAGGCUUUUCGUGAGAUUUUUGUAGCCACAUCUUACAACACACAACAUGAUCCACAGAGAGCUUCCAGAGCAUCCGAUCUUUUUAUUCAGGUGGACCUGGAAUUAUGAACAGUUCCAAAUACCAGAAGGUUUUUGCUCAGAACCUUCAGGCCUCUGCCAAAAAGCAACAAAAUGUCAGGAAAAAGCCUAGUGGAACAGCUGCACCUUAUUUGGAGACGUCCCCAGUUAUGAGUGUAUGCACCCUUGUGCAACCACAUUAUCUCAGUUUACUUUUUACCCUUUAAAAGAGAUUUUAUUUAUUUAAAUUCUACAGGUGAUGGGUCACAUUGAUGUAAAAAGUUUAAAAAGGAUUUAUCUUGGUCUAUUUUAUUUUUUUACAUCACACAAACCUGGUAUUUGAACAGGGGUGUGUAGAAUUUUAUUUGCACUACAGAUGGGGUUUCAAUUACCCUAAAAGUGUAUAGAGCUUUUAAAAAAAAAAAAAAAAACAUAUUUUAAUUGAGAAUUUGCAGAGCUCAGUGAUUAUUAUUUGGAUACUCAUAGAAAAACAUGAGGCUUCCCAACGUCUGCAUUUUAAUUGUCUUUUGCAUAAUUUGGAAGCACCUAUUGAACCUGUUGGAACUCAAAAAUAGUGUUCAAUGACUAAGUGUCCAAGUAGUUUUUUUUGUUUUGUUUUCCUCAAAAAUCCUUCCAUUGUUAAAAAAAAAAAAAAAAGUUCUCGAAAUAUUGUUCACCAGUUUUAAACAUAAACCACAUUUUUACUUUGCUUUCAUGAAGCUACUUCUUGAAAUUAUUCUCAAUAUUCAUUUCAAAGUGCUGACUUGUUCUGCGAUUUUUGUGCCACUCCACACCGUUCGCUCCAUUCGAGUUCAUCUUUGCACUUGAGCCUUGUCAUUAAGCACAUCACAAAGUACUUAAUAAUUUGAUUCACUGUAUAACAUCUGUGUUGUGCCGCCGCCACAUACAAGUGCCCUUUCUAUUUCAUUACAAACCAAUAAAACACAGCGUCUUGGUAAAGGCAA